AUGGAAGUUUCUCCUCCAACUUUAGAGUUUACUGGUACCUUUACCAAACAAACCACAGAGUAUUUAUCCUUGAGUAAUACUACCGAUGUUCCUUUAGCAUUCAAAGUUAAAACUACAGCUCCAAAAUUAUAUUGUGUUAGACCAAAUGCUUCUAUAAUUAAUCCAGGUGAUAGUCUUAAAAUUGCUAUUAUCUUACAAGGGUUUUCUCAAAGUUUACCAAAAGAUUAUAAAUGUAAAGAUAAAUUCUUAUUAGUUUCAUUACCUUGUCCUGAAUUACAAGAUGCUUCAAAAGUUGGUGAUUCUUGGGCUCAAUUAGAAUCAGAAUUUAAAUCAGAAGUGGUUUCAAAAAAAUUAAGAGUUAAUUAUGUCGUUACUGAUAAUGAUAAAGAAGAACAACAACAGCCUUCAUCUAAUGGUGGUUAUAAUGAUGAAUCAUCAACCACAGAACCAAUUGUUAGUCCACGUCAAAGAAAUCCUCCUGCUCCUGCUAUUGUUGCUCCUGUUUCCGAAAGUACUCCUUCAAGGGCUCCAAAUGGUAAUGAUAGUGGUUAUUCAAGUGGUGUAGCUGCUGCUGCUGCUGCUGUCGGUGGUCUUGCUGCUACUGGUGCUGGUGUUGCUGCUCUUUCUUCAAGAAGACAACCUCCUGCUCAAGAAGAUAUUCAAAGAGAAUUAAAUGAAUCAAGAGCUCCAGUUAAUAAUUUAAGUGAAAGAUUAGAUUCAAAUGAAAAAUAUGAUUCUCAUCCUCAAUCUCCUCAACAUCAACAACAACCUCCUGCUGGUUAUCCACCUGCUGGUUAUCCUCCUGCCGGUUAUCCUCCAGCUGGUUAUCCUCCUGCCGGUUAUCCACCUGCUGGUUAUGGUUAUCCUCCAGCUGGUUAUGGUUAUCCACCUCCACCUCCAGAAGCUUAUGGAGUUCCAAGAUCAAACUCUACUACUUCAAUUCCUGGUAGUGAAGUUAAAACGGUGGCUGCUGAACCUGUCAAUGGCAUUUCUUUACCAAUGGCUAUUCUUUUAAUGCUUGUUGCUUUCCUUAUUGGUUGGUUAGUAUUUUAA